ACAACCUACCCCACCCAAAUCUAGCCCCUCCAUUUUCCUCACCCAGCACAAAUCCUCAAUGACUUGAUGGCCUAACAAAGAGGCUCACAAAAACCCUUCGACGACGGCUGGCUCCUUCUCCUUCUCUGGACCAACUUUAAGGGGUCGCACAACCAGCAAACGGGGACCUUCAAGCCCAUUUUCAUGGCUGCCAUUGACCCCAUGGUGGCUCCGCCAGUGGCAAUGGCAUAAACCCUUGAAUAAAACCCACAAAAUCCACAGACCCAAAACAACUAAUGACAUGCAUUUUCCUAUGGAUCUUAGAAGGCUUUCAAUCUCGAAACCCACUCUUCUCUUCCCCAUCAACCGCCCCUUAACGUGCGUUACCUGCAACCUCCAACGCCCCAAAGAGCCUCCUCAACCGCCACCAUUACAGGUUCCGAAGGAACCACAGCCUCCCAAUCAGAGUUUGCACAACUGGGUAUCUUCUAUUCUUUCAAAACCAUCUCUGGAUUCUUCUAAAUGUAAAGCUCUGAUACCCCUUCUGUCAUCUCAUGAAUUUGAUAGGGUAUUCUGUUCCAUUAGCUCCAAUGUGAACCCCAAAACAGCUCUUCAUUUCUUUUACUUUGCUUCUGAAUCUUUUAAGUUUCAGUUUACUGUACGAUCCUUUUGUGUUUUAGUUCGCCUGCUUAUUCUUUCGAAUCUUGUGUCGCCUGCGAGAUUGCUUUUGAUCCGUUUGAUUGAUGGGAAUGUGCCAGUUUUAUAUGCUAACCCCAAUCAAAGGCAUAUGGAGAUUGCCAUUGCCAUGUUAGACUUGAAUAUCGUGUCCACACAAGGUCUUGGGGUUCAGGCAUUGGAUUUGUUGAUUCAUGUUUACUGUACGCAAUUCAAGAAUAUGGGUUUUGGUUAUGCCAUUGAUGCGUUUGUAAUUUUUUCUAAAAAGGGUGUUUUUCCAUCAUUGAAGACUUGUAACUUUUUGUUGAGUUCUUUAGUGAAGGCUAACGAACUUCAUAAGAGUUAUGAUGUAUUUGAAGUUAUGUGCCGAGGUGUUUCUCCUGAUGUUUACUUGUUUACUACUGGCAUUAAUGCAUUUUGUAAGGGAGGGAAGGUUGAUGAUGCAAUAGGUUUGUUUUCGAAAAUGGAGGGGCUGGGUAUUGUCCCUAAUGCGGUUACCUACAAUAAUAUUAUUCAUGGGCUCUGUAAGAGCAGAAGAUUAGUAGAGGCCUUCCAGUUUAAGAAGAAGAUGAUAGAAAACAAUGUGAGCCCGACUCUUAUAACAUAUAGUGUGCUCAUUAAUGGUUUGAUAAAGCUGGAGAGGUUUUAUGAUGCAAAUUGUGUUUUGAAGGAAAUGUGCAACAGAGGAUUUGUCCCGAACGAGGUUGUCUAUAACACAUUGAUUGAUGGAUAUUGUAAAACGGGAAAUAUUAGUGAGGCACUAAAGAUAAGGGAUAAUAUGUUAUCCAAUGGGUUAACUCCCAAUUCUGUUACUCUUAAUUCUCUACUGCAGGGGUUUUGUAGAAGUGAUCAAUUUGAUCAUGCUGAGCAAGUUUUAGACAAGAUUAUAUCUGGUGGUUUAUCCAUAAACCAAGCUGUUUGUUUCUCGGUUAUUCACUGGUUAUGCAUGAAGUCUAGGUUUGAUUCUGCACUAAAAUUCACUACUGAAAUGCUAUUAAGAAACUUUAGGCCCAGUGAUAGCUUGCUUACCACAUUGGUUGGUGGGCUCUGUAAAGAUGGAAAGCAUUCUGAGGCACUUGGGCUUUGGUUUAGGCUAUGGGAGAAAGGAGUUGCAGCCAACACAGCGACCUCAAAUGCUCUAGUUCAUGGACUUUGUGAAUCUCGUAGCAUGCAAGAGGUUGUUAUGCUACUCAAACCGAUGCUAGAAAGAGGUUUGGUAUUGGAUAGAAUCUCAUACAACACACUUAUCUUGGGUUGUUGCAAGGAGGGAAAAGUGGAGGAAGGUUUUAAGCUUAAGGAAGAGAUGGCUAAACAAGGGAUUGAACCAGAUACUUAUACUUAUAAUUUGCUAAUGCAUGGCCUAUGUAAUAUGGGAAAAGUGGACGAUGCGGUUAAACUUUGGGAUGAGUGUGAAAAUCGUGGUCUUUUUCCCAAUGUCUAUACAUAUGGUGUGAUGAUAGACGGGUACUGUCGAGCUGGAAGAAUGAAAGAGGGUGAAAAUCUCUUCAGUAAGUUGGUGAAUAAGGAAGUGGAACUAAAUUCAGUUGUAUAUAAUACACUAAUCAGAGCAUACUGCACAGAUGGGAAUAUGACUGCAGCCCUUGGUCUUCGUUGUGACAUGAAAAAGAAGGGCAUUCAACCAUCUUGUGGCACAUAUUCUUCUCUUAUACAUGGACUCUGCAAUAUUGGCGAUGUUGAGGAUGCAAAAUGCCUUCUGGAUGAAAUGAGGAAGGAUGGGUUGUUGCCAAAUGUUGUUUGUUACACUGCACUGAUUCAUGGUUAUUGUAAGCUAGGUCAAAUGGAUAAAGUAAGGAGUGCCUUUCUGGAGAUGUCUUCAGAUAACAUACAACCUAAUAAGAUUACCUACACUGUCAUGAUUGAUGGGUAUUCUAAACUAGGCAACAUGGAAGAAGCAACUAAACUUCUAUGCGAGAUGGCAAAAAUGGGAAUUACCCCAGAUGCCGUUACCUAUAAUGCCUUAACAAAUGGAUUUUGCAAAGAAAGGAAGGUGGAAGAAGCUUUUGAAAUAUGUGAUCAUAUGUCCAGUGAAGGUGUAGGUUUAGAUGAGAUUACAUAUACAACAUUGGUUCAUGGGUUGCAUCAGCCCACUACAUGUGCAAAUCAGGAAUGAUAUGGAAACAUUCAAAAGAUGCAUAUUCUUAUUCUUAAUACUGCUGACUGUAGACCAUGGGAUACAUGUUACAUCUCCUUACCAUCUCCAAAAUGAUCCUUGAACAUGGGAGGUUGGUAGAUCUGUACAUAACUCAUUUUUUGCAUCAUAUUUGUUUGAAGAUUGUUUCAUUACUUGUAAUUCAAUUGCUUUUAGGAGUUUUAAGUUAUUGCUGGGUUAGGAUGAAAAUAAUUAGUUCAUAAUUGUUGCUUUUCUUUUUUGGUCUGAGCAUAAUUGUUUCUUUUACCAUGUCCUUUUUUCAUCUUGUUCUUUUAGCAACAUCUUGUUUUGGUGAACUCAUUUAUGAUUUUCACUGUGCCAUGUACUUAUGGAGUGUCAUCCGUUAGCAGUUUAAUAAGUUAUGUCAAGUUGUAUUCACUUGAAUAUAAUGACAAAUUUCCAUUUUAUGUUGUAAGAUUGAAAUUCUCUAUGUAUGUGGCUCCUAUUAGCUCCUAUGUCACGUCUGUCUGAUGAAUUAACUAUUAAGUCCAUUUCCUCUCAUUAAUAGUACUAUUAUUGUAACUUGACAUAGAGUUGUUGGGCCUUUGCAUAGGCGGUAACUGUGUUGAGCUGGAGGCACCUAUGAUAUAAUCACCAUCUGUUUACAAAUCAGGGUUGCCUGAUUCUUAAGUAUCUUUGUUUGAAAAUAAAAUUGCAUUAAGGUUGAUAGCAUAUAUACUAUUUUCUUUUGGUUAAGGAAUCUAAGGCUUGUUUGACUUGACUCUGGAAGGUUUUCACAUUGUCGUCCCUUAUGAUAGUUAUGUACACAUUUUCGUCUCCCUUAUUGCCCUCUUAAGUAAACCAAUUUGUACUAAAACUAAAAGCAGUUAUGGUGUGGCAUCAAAGAGAGCAAAAUUUGAAUUUCUACAGAUAUUUCAGACUUUUCUUCUUGAAGCCCUUAUUGUGAUUACAAUGCGAAACUACUAUUUUAGAACAUGCUGAGAAAAGAGCCUUAAUAUAAUUGUAAUGGUUUUGUAGAUUGGAAUCCCUUACCUGUCUUUUUGUAUCUCUCUGUCACAUAAUUUCACCAAACUUUUAUUGCUCUUUCUAGCCCAUGGUUGUGGGGGGGGGAUCAUAAAUGGAGAUUCAAAAUGUAUAAAAAUAGCGGAACUACUAAUUUUAGUUCAUACCGGUUUCUAAUAAUUGAAUCUUUGGAAUCUUUACUUUGCCAACCUCAGCUCUAUCUUUUUCAACGUUUCUGUACUUCUUUGAUACAAAAUCUGAGUAGUCUUGACUUUAAUACACGCUGACAUAAUAAAGAGUGCAAUGAGAAAAUGAAAUAUUUAGCUGGUGAUGAAGUGUGUUCCUUGAAAGGGAAAAAGGAAAACAUAUCUCUGUUAAUCACAACAAACCCUAAGGUUUUCAUAGGAACUAUGAAGUCAAAGGCUAACCAUUCUAAGAAACAAAAGUAGAGCCUCUGAUUUGUAGUCUUGGCCUUUAUGGCUUAUGAUCACUAGUUGUGAGUCAUGACUAAUGACCCUUGGCAUCCCUCAGAAAAAUUACACUUGUGAGCUCACUUCUAUCAUUAUCUUCCUUGCCCCCAUCCUCCUAAAUAGAAUACAGAAACGUAAAA